GCGCUCUCCGCGGGAGCUCCGCAGAUAGUCGCAAGAGUCCGACCUCCGGAGAGAAGCGCCCGUUGGAGCACGAGCACGAACAGGACUCCAACCCCCCCCCCCUCCCCGCUCUCCUCCUCCCCCCCGGGAUGGGGCAGCGCGAGGGAGAAUGAGGGAGCCCGGCCGCGGCGUGUGCGUUUAAAGUGAGUGUCGGACCCAGGCAGGACCGGCCAGACCAUGAAAGUGACGGUGUGCUUCGGGCGGACCCGCGUGGUGGUCCCGUGCGGAGACGGACACAUGACGGUCCAGUGCCUCAUCCAGCAGGCCGUGAUGCGCUACAAGAAGGCCAUCGCCAAGGAGCCGGGCUACUGGCUACAGGUGCACCGUCUGGAGCACGGCGAUGGGGGCAUCCUGGACCUGGACGACGUGCUGUGCGACGUGGCCGAUGACAAAGACCGCCUGGUGGCAGUGUACGAUGAGCAGGACCCCCAUCACGGUGGAGACGGGACCAGUACCAGUUCCACCGGCACCCAGAGUCCCGACCCUUUCCAUGCGGCCAGUGAGAUCGAGGUCACCACGUCCAUCCUCAGGACCAACAUGCCUCUGCAGGUGCGGCGAAGCAGCGAUCCCGCCCUGGCUGGCCUCAGCACGUCCUUCCGCGAUGUCCAGGUGACGCGGGCAGAGCCGUCAAGGCAGCAGCCCACGCGCUGGUCCACGACGGCCGGCUUCCUCAAGCCACGCUCCACCGUCGACAGCCUCGAAUGCCGGGGUCGGGCUUCGGAAACGUACCGCAGCCUUCCUCGGGACAGCAGCGCCUGGGGCUCCCACAGAACGUUCCAGAGGGAAAGCGCUCGCACCUCCAUCGGUGCCGCUCCGCCUCUGGAGGACCCCUGGUUGGAGCGCCAGGACAAGGGCGAAGAGGUGGGGGAGGGGGAGAACGGCCGCAUCGAACCUGUUGGCAGGGCUGACUCCGGGUUGGAGCGCGUAUCGAGUCCAUCCCUCGACGACAUUGUCACGCUGGUGGAAGUGUCCAACGAUGGCGGCCCUUUGGGAAUCCACGUCGUGCCUUUCAGUUCGCGUGACCGCAGAACGCUGGGGCUCCUGGUGAAGCGCCUGGAGAUAGGAGGCAAGGCCGAGGAGCAAGGCCUGUUCCGCGAGAACGACUGCAUCGUCCGCAUUAAUAACGGGGACCUGCGCAACGUCCGCUUCGAGCAAGCACAGCAGAUGUUCCGCCAGGCUAUGAGGUGUCCCGUCAUCCUCUUCCACGUAGUCCCGGUGGCGAGGAAGGUCCAGUACGAGCGACUCUCUCAGAGCGAGAGGAGCCCCGCCUGCUCGCCCGGACCCUGCGGGGUCGAGACCCGGCUCGGCGAGACGGGCGGCCUGUCGGGCCGCGGCGAUCGCGCCGCCUGCCGCGUGUCGCAGACGGGUCCGCGCCCCCAGCGCAAGCCCGACCCUCAAGGCAACGCCCCCUCCGAGCCCAGCGGCUUCCGCUCGACCCUACCUCACGCCGCCGCCGCCGGCCCCGCGGGAAAGCCCCCGCCGGGCCCCCCUCUGUCCCCCCAGAGACCUCGAAGCUCCACGCCCACGGUAGGAUUCGCCAGGAGGGUCGGCCGUAAGCUCGACAUCCAGCUCAAGAAAGGUCCGGAAGGGCUAGGCUUCAGCAUCACAUCCCGGGACGUUCCCCUCGCUGGCUCCGCCCCCAUAUUCGUGAAGAACAUCCUCCCACGUGGGGCGGCGAUUCAGGAUGGCCGGCUGAAGGCGGGUGACCGCCUGCUGGAAGUGAACAGUGUGGACCUGAGUGGGAGGACGCAGGAGCAGGUGGUGGGUCUUCUCCGGGCCACGCCUAUGGGCGGAACAGUGGACCUGGUGGUACUUCGGCAGGAACAGGAGGAUACCUUCCCGAGUCGGGAAGCGAACACCGCGCCUUGGAUGCAGAGUCCUCGAGAUCCGAAGCGCUUGGCAAGAGAAGGGGUGUGUCCCGAGGAACCCUGCAGCCAGAUUGAGAAAACGGAGGAGGAGGAGUUGGUUCUGACGCCCGACGGAACCCGCGAGUUCCUGACUCUGGAGAUCCCGCUCAACGACUCCGGCUCGGCCGGCCUGGGCGUCAGCGUCAAGGGCAACCGCUCCAAAGAGAACCACGCUGACCUGGGCAUCUUCGUCAAGUCCAUAAUCCAUGGUGGAGCGGCGUGCAAGGAUGGGCGGCUCCAUAUCAAUGACCAGCUCAUUGCAGUGAACGGGGAAUCGUUGCUGGGGAAGACGAACCAGGACGCCAUGGAAACGCUGCGGAUGUCCAUGUCGGCCCAGGGCAAUAAGCGGGGCGCGAUCCAGCUCAUCGUCGCAAGAAGGGUUGCAAAACUCAACGGGUCGGACCUACCGCUGGAUGGUUCUGCGGACGACCACGAGCGCCGUAUCUCUCACUCCCUCUACGAGGGUUUGGACGUGGCCCCGAUACCAGUGAGCCCCAGCACGGGGAGGAUUAUGGGUAACUACCAGCUGUCGCCCACGGUGAACAUGCCCCAGGACGACACCGUCAUCAUCGAGGACGACGGGCCGACUGCUGUUCCCACCCACCUUUCUGACCAAUCGUCUUGCAGCUCCCACGACGAUGUGGGCGUGGCCAUGCAGUCUCCUGCCCGCUGGGCCCCGGAGAUGCAGAGCGACUGCCUGGAGCAGGACCAGGAUAUAGAUCCGGCCGAUGCCUUCCAGAGGGAGGGCUUCGGACGCCAGAGCGUGUCGGAAAAGCGGACCAAGCAGUGUGGUGACCCCUCCCAGCCGGAGGCCGUCAAGACCCGCAAGUCCAAGAGCAUGGACCUAGCAGCUGCUGAGGAUAACACCGCUUCCCGCUCGGAGUACGCUGAAGGAUCCUCGACACAGGAUGUGGGUCCCUCCCUUGGCCUUAAAAAGUCCAGCUCCCUGGAGAGCUUGCAGACCGCCGUUGCCGAGGCGAUGCUCAACGGGGACGUACCCCUCCACCGGCCACGCCCACGGAUCAUACGUGGGAGGGGCUGCAACGACAGCUUCCGCGCCGCCAUCGACAAGUCUUACGACAGGAUGCCCCCGGAGCAAGACGAUGAGGAUGUGGAAACACUCGAGGAGGACACGGAGGGCAGCUCCCGCUCGGGACGAGACUCGGUGUCCACCGUGGAGGCCUGCGAGAGGCAGUUCAAUGGAGGGCGCCUCAAGGAUGAUCGCAAGAAGGAGAAGGGAGGGAAGGAGAAGAAGAAGCAGGAGAAGGAGAAGGGCAAGCCCAUGAAGAGCGUCCUCAAAGGCCUGGGGGACAUGUUUCGGUUCGGCAAGCACAGGAAGGAGGAGCGACUGGGUGAGGGGGCGGAGCCUCAGGAGACGGGCGGACCCAGGGUGGGGUCCACGCAGGCCUCGGAGGAGGAGACGCUGCGCAUGAAGCAGGAGCAAGAGAGGAUCCAGGCCAAAACCAGGGAGCUCCGCGAGCGGCAGGCCCGCGAGAGGGACCGCCCUGAGCUCCGGGACAUCGACCGGGCGUUUGGCCCCGAGCUGGAACACGGACGCGUUGCGACCAGACCCUCGGAGCCCUCUCCGCACGGCGGCCACCAGCGCCUUCAGAACCCCCGAGAUGAACCGCUGUACACACAUGUGGGCGUGUCGCGCAAUGGCCGCCCUCCCUCUGCAGACAGCAACCGCCUGGCGCCCAGCAACCACGACCGGAUACGGCGGCUCAGGCAGGAGUUCCAGCAGGCCAGGCAGGACGAUGAGGGGGACGAGGAGCAGCAGCAGGGAUACGCCCAUGACCAGCAGUGGGGGGGCGCCGGGCCGUACACACCGACGGGACGCCACUCGGUCUCUGUGGAGAUCCAACUACAGCGGCAACGGCAGGACGAAAGGGAGGCUUUCCAGCAGACACAGAGGAAGUACAGCUCACUGCCACGGCAACCCCGCAAGAACCUGAGCACGGCGUCGCAGGACUCGUGGGAUGCGGGAUACCCGGGGGGCCCGGGCUUCUCUAUGGCCAAGGCGGACCCCCGCUACGCCAGCUACCAGGGUCCUCGCAACGGCUACCUGGGAGCUGCCGGGGGCGGGGCUGGGGGCGGCGGCUUCAACGCCCGUGUGCUGCUGGAGGCGCAAGAGCUGCUGAGGCAGGAGCAGCGCCGCAGGGAACAGGAAGCCAAGGCUGCGGCGACACCCCCUGCUCAGCCUCCCGCCCCGCCCGCCUCCAAGGGGCUGUUCCGGCAGGAUGUGCCGCCCUCGCCCUCGCAGCUCACCAGGAUCGGCAGGCUGCAGGCGCUCGAGAAGGGCCACCUUUUCUAUUCGUGAGGGGCGCCUGGUGGCUCCUGGUGGCCAGCAUUGAGUUUCUGAAAUUGUUAUAUCGCACAGAUGCGAUUUAUACACUCUCACGGUCGACACGGUCACGUUGUUCCCCCUCAGACUCUUCUGCUGACACGUCCUCCAGCACCCCGUGCCUUCGAUGUUCGAGUCUAGAGCACUGGCUCCCGAAGACCCGCCCACCGCAAAUACACACACGCACGCACACACACACACGGGCGCGCAAAUACACAAGCACGCACUAUGGCCACUCUGCGUCACUCAGGUACGGUCAUUGUACGUGUGUUCAGUUUUUCCAUAAUCACCCUUUUACUUUGAUUUCUGCAUUUUUGGAAAGAGAUUGAUUUCCAGCUCUGUUCACGGUUGUGUGGGAAGCCUGCGAGAAGGUGGGUUUUUUGGCGAGUUGAUGUCUCAUGCCGAGAUACAGGUAAGCCUCCGCUUCUGGUGCUCGCAACCGUCCGCGACCAGGUCCGUCCAGUCAUGCAGAGCGGCACUUUGCUAUGCCAUGUCUCAGCAUGUGUGGCAUGUCUCAUGGACGUGUCAAACAGCCAGUUACGGUCGGGGUCACAGCUUGCAACCGGUGGUACAGGAACCACUUCAUGACCACAAGCGCAUUUGAAGGGCACCAGUUUCGGUAUCUUCAGGACUACUGUUCUGUUUCUGAACACAACACAUCGGUGCCGUGAAUAAAAGCCGGGUCUCUGGAUUUCUCUAGGUGGAGAUUUCGAGGUCCAGAGCACUCUACAAACACACACACACACACACACUCAGAUCAAGGGACUGCCCACUUUGCUCUGCUGCCAUAGCAACACCAUGACGUCAUCAUCCGAGAUGUUUGCUGGCUUCUGACAGUUGCUGACCGCAGCAAUGUUACCUGACACACAGACCAGACCACAAGGCAACCAAGUGCCUGUUACCCACAAUCCCCUGCUCCACGUUCACAGGCCUGCGUUCCUGACCCAUUGUAGCGUUUUGUAAGACGGAAGCAGUGUCAGAUUUUUACCCUGUUUGCUAUUGCUUUGUACCUAUGUACCACGGUGUUGAUGUAAACAUGGUGCGGUCGCUAUAACGACCUCUACAGGAUGUAUCUUUAACUGUAUAACUGUAUAUGGCUGCAUUUCCUGUACAUAUCGAACUUGAGAUUAAAGAAAGCUUCAGUUGUCCU